AAGCAUUCUUGUUCUAAUGUCAGCGUUACUGUUAAACGAUUCACGUUAUCGCUUGACUUCAGACUGACUAUUGACACUGGCCUACUAUAUUCAACAAGUGAGUGUCCAAUAGGAGCGACUGACACUGCCUUUAAUUUGUUGGUCAUGAUAUUCUUUCUAAUCAGAAUAAAACACAGGACGGAGAUAUCUGGCACAAAAGUAUUUGUGAACAAUAUAUGACGUGUAUUAUUAAAAGUGUAAAAGUGAAUUGAAUCAAACAAAAUACAUAUACAGUAUCACCCGCCCCUAGUGGCCAUGAACUGUUAGCGCCCCCUACAGGUUAUAAAUCUUUGUCCAGAGAGUUUCUGUUCGAAAUGUUUCUCUGCUUGCUCUCCUCUUGUCCACUUGUUCGCCUCUGGCCUUCUGUCACUUGACAGUGAACAGGGUGUUAUCAGUUGACGGCAGGGGGGGAGGGGCUACUGAUGACGUCUUAUCUGCUCGACUGCACGUGUAGGCUAAUGCUAAAGCUAAUGGUUUUGUCAGAAGUCACGUCCCAAAUUCGGAAAAUAUUAAAAGAACUAAGGUCUUGGGGUUUGUGACUGAGUGUAUGAGUUUCAUAAAAAAAAAAACUAAAUGGCUAACUGGCUAAAUGUAAUCGGCGGUCUCAAAUGGAGCACUUCUGUCACUGCACUUCAAUAAGUAUACUACUUUUAACAGUGUAGCAAUAUUUAGCCACUACUUCUUGAAUAUUUUUUACUGCUAUGGUUUGCUUCUUCCGCAAGAGUUUGUGUUCAAGAAUUUUCAUCCAUCUAAGUUGUCAUCUGGUCCACACCCCCCCUCUGCUGCCAUGGACAAAAUUCCCAGGAGGUGGGUGCUCAAGCCUUUGUCCCCCCUGCUGCAUCCGUCUGACCUACGUAGUAUAGCGAGUCCAAGCAAUGGUGAAGAUCAUUUUAUGGCUACCGACAGUGUUACUGACUCCCGCCAAGAGCAGGGUGAGAUCAGGGAGCUGGUGGUGCAGGCCCGCCAGAUCACCUUGUCACAAGAUGGCGGCGACAGCAGCGACGAUUUGUAUUCCAGCAGUCCCAGCAGCAGCUCAGGCUCUCACUGUGGGUUCUACUCCUUUGUGGAGGAUCCAACCAGUCCAGAAGCAGAGCUGAAUGAGGCGUGGAUGGUCUCACCUCAGCGGCAAGUUCAUCUCACCACCUUGAAGGAGGACAAGGCCUUCAAAGUGCAGACCUACAACAGUGGCAGGAAACCAGAGACUAUGUUCUCAGAGUCAGAGUCACAGUACAAACUCCAGCCGGAAGACCUCUGCAAAGCAUUUGGGCCAGAAGAAGAGAAGCAACUGAGGAAGGAUAUCAUUCGGAAGCAAGCCCCAAAGAAGAAGCCAACAUCUGAGAUGAGUGUGGUGGAGAAGCUGGAUUGCAGUAAGUCUGCAAAGUUGCUGUCAGAAGGUUUCAGUUUGAGCUACACUUCCAUCAGAGGAGAACCCUCCCGUCCUGCUGAACCUGGAACAAUUGUCAGCGAGCAGAUCAACUUCAGUGCAGCUCGGCAGCAGUUUAUGAAGCCAGAACAGGACGUGCAGAAUACCCCCGUUCGCUCUUGGAGGUCAAGGGUGUCCUGGAAGGCGGAGGAAGAGGGCGCACCAAGGUCAGAACUGUCUGGGGAAGGUGCAACCUUUGUGGACUGGAGAAAAACUGAGAAUGACCUCAACGGCCUCAAUGAUGACGACUUGCUGGUGAAGGUGCAUGCCGGCUACAUCAGCAACGAGGAGGUGUUUGAUGAAAGCAUACAAGCUGGAAGCAAAGGAAAGUCCUACCUUCACUGUGAAACCCCGAUUGAGCAGGAGAUCCGUUUAGUUCAGGAACGUGAGGAGAAUCUCAGACACUCACGAGGCCUGAAGCACAGUGACGGAUACUCAGAGAUAGUGGAGAUCCGAACCAAGCGUAUGAAGUCACCACUAACAUCAAUUGAGGCCACAGAGAAGAAGCAUGUGGGCUUCAUCAUUCAGCAAGACAACCAGAACGAGAACCAAAAGCAGGAGGUCUUAGAUCUGCCACAGGGAUUCUCAGCCACAAAGGAGAACCUGCAGGACCAAGAUAUCUUUCUGUCCCCUUGUUGUCCUCAUCGGCACGCUGAAGAAACCUCCUCUUCUCGCCCACCAUCCUGGACUAGAACUUAUUCUUGGAGGGACAAUCAGGAGUCCACUGGCCUACAAUGUGGGAAAAAAGGGGCCCUGGAUUUAAUUGAGAAGGAAAUCCAAGAGACUUUGCAAAGGGAGCAGGAGCUUCGCGAGUCCAGGGAGUGCAAGGGGUCCAGAGAGUCCAGAGAGUCCAGAGAGUCCAGAGAGUCCAGAGAGACCAGAGAGACCAGCAAGUCCAGGGUGCCCAUGGAGCCCAGGGAACACAGUCUCUUCUCUCCAACCCCUUUAGUAGAGCAGGCAUCCAGAAUGUUUUCCAAGGAAAUCCAAGAGACUUUGCAAAGGGAGCAGGAGCUUCGCGAGUCCAGGGAGUGCAAGGGGUCCAGAGAGUCCAGAGAGUCCAGAGAGUCCAGAGAGUCCAGAGAGUCCAGAGAGUCCAGAGAGUCCAGAGAGUCCAGAGAGUCCAGAGAGACCAGCGAGUCCAGAGAGACCAGCGAGUCCAGGGUGCCCAUGGAGCCCAGGGAACACAGUCUCUUCUCUCCAACCCCUUCAGUAGAGCAGGCAUCCAGAAUGUUUUCCAACCAGUUUUACCUCACAAAAAGCUCAGAUGACGUCUCAGCAACUUGUCCUACUGUUUCCUUGGUGACCACCUCCCAUGCACCACCCCCUUCCAAAGGCCUGACGGGGGCACUGCUGCGGGACUUUGAGGAACGACGAGCACGACUAAAGCUUGAUGAGAGUUCGUACGCUGGGAUCCAGCCUGUCGAUGACAUCAACAACCAGGUCGUGGAAUCAACGCGGGUAGUGAGACAUAAAAACCAGCGAGCUCUCCGCUGGGAAGCGGGGGUCUUUGCCAACCAACUGGAUCACUGAGGCCAACAGGACCGCAUCCAGAUCCGCAUUCAGAACCACAUCUUGACAUGAGUACAGGUCCAGGUCAAGAGUACCGCAUCAGUUCAAUGUGUCGUUUGCUGAGUGGUCAGUGCUCAUGCUGGAGGGUUUGCGUCAGAAGGGGACGAUGACAACAUCGUUGUCAUUACAUAAUGAUGAUGAUGAUGAGGAGGAGGAUGGUGAUAAAGCUCAAAAUGAAUGCUGAUCACUUCCUUCAAUCAUAAAAACACAUGUUCACUGUUUCCAUGGCAACAUGCUGGUCGGCCUCCAGGAAAUAAAGUGUGUGUGUUGUGUCUGUGUGUGUAUUGAAGCACCUUAUCGCCAUCAGCACUGUUUCCAUGGCGACUGAAUGAUGAGCCUCAAGUUUCAGGACAUAAGGCAGUAUGUGUGUGUUUUAGACAUUAAAUGAAGUUUGACACA